UGGAGUGCAGACAACCUCGAUUUCGCUGUUUAUGAAUUUAGGGAAACUUUGAUGAUAGGUCGGAGAAGAAGGCGAAGGAUAUAGCAAGGCGAGCGGCCGCCGAUGGCGAGACUCGAAUGGGGGAAGAACAUUGGCCGAUGCUCCUACAAGAGGAUUACUCUCGUAGUUUGUUCCGUCAACAUUUUUGUUGCUCUCUAUGUGCUCCGCUUCCUCUACAGUUCGCUCUACGCUUAUCCUUCAAGUGAUCAUCACACCACAUAUGAGUUCAGUAUAGUUCAGAUCAGGAAAAUGGAAGAGUCGAAUCAGAUUAGGAAAGAAUCGGAACCAACUAAGCUUAUUGAAUUGGCGGCAGAGUUAAAGGAAAAGAUCAAAAGUGAAGAAAGAGUGAUGGAAUUGCCAGGACAUUUGAAGCAGAAGUUUAUUCAUGAGAUUCUAGCUAUGUUAAGAAGCAUGGAGUCUUCUUCGGCCAAUACAACAGCAUUACAGGCGGCAAUUGAAUCCUGGCGCAGGCAAACAUUAAAAGAAGCUAAGAGAAUCAUCCGUGGUGAAAUUAAAAAUUCAACGAUUUUGCCUGAAGAAGCCGGCAUUGUUGAAAAUGCUUUGAGUUCUCAUUGGUCUGUGUUGUUGGAAGAGAUCGGUCUCUGGCUGCCGGUAGAAAUCGUUCACAAGGUACAUGAUGAGAAACCCGACGACGAACCCGACUACGAUCUCGAAACCCUUCCCGGAAAAAGACCACCACCUGAAUGCCACGCCGAGCUUCACACUGACUACGACGGUUCUGCCGUUAAAUGGGGCCUCACGCACCAUCAAGAGUCGGCUUACGAUUGCUGUAUGUCGUGUUUGAACCAAGCGAAAAAUGCAAAACCCGGCCAAAAGAAAUGCAACAUUUGGGUCUAUUGCCCGUCCGAAACCGGAUGCUAUUCGCCGGACAUUUACGAACACAAGAACCAGGAAUGCUGGCUAAAAUUCUCGGAGACACCCAAGUUGAAUUUCAAGGACACCUAUCCGGAAUCCUAUCGAGCGACUCACCCCAGAGCGCCAAUUGUUGUCCCGUGGGUGUCCGGAGUUGUUAGCACGUGACGCAGGUGCGCGUCGCGGCGUAUCGACGACGAAAUCGGGCCCUUGAAAGGGGACUUCUGUAGCUGUUUUCUCCUCCAGGGCUGUUGGCAAUGGCGAUGGUAGUUUUGAAAGCUUAAGUAGCUUUCCGGUGAUGAUAAUGGUG